CACGCAGGCCGCCCGCCGCCGCAAUCCCGCCCACCGCCAGUCCGCCGCCCGCCGUCGCGAACCCGCGGCCCGCCGCUCCCGACUGCACCGCACGAUGAGGUCCCUGCGAGCGGCGCGGACUUUCCGCUCCCUCCUCUCCGCCCGCCCGCUCCACGGCGCGGCCUCCCCAGCGGCGGCUGCCGCCGCCUCCGCCGCCGCUGGCUCGAGGUGGUGCGCUCCGCUGGUGCCAUCGCCCCGCUUGCCGCCUCCAUCCCCGAGGGCGAUGCCGGCCGGGGUCGCUGGCGCCGUGUCCUUCUCCCUCACCUUCGCUACUGUAGCGGCGGCGGAGGCGAAGGCGAAGGAGCGGCCGCCUACGGAUCUGUUGCCGCGGAAUGUGGUGCUGUACCAGUACCAGGCGUGCCCCUUCUGCAACAAGGUCAGAGCCUUUUUAGACUAUCAUGAUAUACCAUACAAGGUUGUGGAAGUUAAUCCAUUGAGCAAAAAGGAAAUCAAGUGGUCUGAUUACAAGAAAGUCCCAAUAUUGACGGUAGAUGGUGAACAGCUUGUUGAUUCAUCAGAUAUAAUCAAUAUACUACAGCACAGGAUCAGACCUGAUGAUGAACUCACAAAUGAAGAAGAAGCAAAGUGGCGAAGGUGGGUUGAUGAGCACCUUGUGCACAUGUUGUCUCCUAACAUAUAUCGGACAACUUCAGAAGCUCUAGAAUCUUUUGACUACAUUGCCCAACAUGGUAAUUUCAGUUUUACAGAGAGGUUUGCUGUGAAGUAUGCUGGUGCUGCGGCCAUGUACAUGGUAUCGAAGAAGCUAAAGAAGAAAUACAAUAUCACUGACGAGCGUGCUUCAUUGUAUGAUGCUGCCAACACAUGGGUCGAAGCCCUGAAUGGAAGAGAUUUCCUAGGUGGUUCCAAGCCUAACUUGGCAGACCUUGCCGUCUUCGGUGUUCUGAGACCUAUUCGGUACUUGAGAGCUGGAAAAGAUAUGGUUGAGAAUACUCAAAUCGGUGAGUGGUACCAGCGAAUGGAAGAUGCAGUUGGAGAACCAUCAAGAAUUCAGGAGUAGAAGGAAACUAUACUUUUGACAUCGGAAUAUGUCCUAGACAUCAAACUAUUCAAAAUUUUGCCAAAAUCUAGUGUAUGAAAUAAUUCUUUGCCAUACACAAUGCACGGAGGAACUGUGUUUUGACCUGGAAACAUCUUUGUGGUUGUUUGUACUCUGACAAUGGGGUGCAACUUUGAAUACCACGGCGGAACCGAGUGUUUUGACUUGGAAACAUGGUUGUGGUUGUUUC